AUGAUAAAACAAGCACCUCCCGUCCCUAUACACCGACCCAAAAUCGACAUCUCCCCCGCGCUGACAUAUGCCCGUUCUAUUGUUUCUCGAACAACUACUUCUAUCAAGUUAUUACAACAGAAGUUAGUCUUUCUGCUUGCUAUGGCGGCCUUCCUCCGACCCUCUGACCUAGCUCGUAUCCCAUAUAACUCCUGCUCUAUCACGGAUACUGGCUGUCUUACUUUACAAGUCGUGGCGCCUAAAGAGACUCGGCGCAAACGACGCAUCAUCAAGCCCUUUACGAUCCAUCCUCAUGCGUCCGACAUAGAACUAUGCCCAGUUCAGUGUUUCAAGGCUCUUCGUGCUCACCCUGGUUUGGCUUCUCGUCCUCCUGGUUCACAACUCUUUGUAAAGUCUCAUCUCAUCCAACAGCCUCUAUCAUCUUCAACCAUUUCCUCAUGGCUACAUCGUGACUUUAUUGCACUCUGCACUUCUGAACCUAAUGUUUCCAUCCGUUCACUAGCAUCCUCACGAGCCUUAGAUCUUGGGGUCUCUAGAGACGACAUCGUAACUCUCGGUAAUUGGACUUCCUCCUCAACCUUCGAAAACCAUUAUCAACGUAAUCAGAUGGCUCAGAUGGACUUCACAUCAACGGUUCUUUCGGAUUCUCUUGACCAGUUCUUUGAUGCUCAUGAAGACUUUUCUCUGGAUUAG